ACUGCACAGCUGACUAUUUAAACGCAGCGAAAGUCGUCGGUUCAGUUAAAUAAAUUAAAAAAUUGUCAACAUGUCAGAGCUUCCCAGUGAACUUCAGCAAUUAUUCGCCUUCGUUGAUGGCAAGAAAGGCGAUUACAUAGGCGUACUGAAGACCGCUGUGGGCAUUCAGUCCGUGUCGGCUUGGCCUGAUAAGCGCGGCGAGAUCGAUCGCAUGGUUGACUGGACCGCAGACAAGCUAAAGGCAUUGGGCACAGAAAUCGAGCUUGCGGAUGUGGGUAAGCAGACGCUGCCGAGCGGGCAGAUAAUUCCGUUGCCAAAGGUGCUGCUGGGGACUUUGGGCAAGGACCCCACUAAGAAAACUGUCUUGGUCUAUGGUCACCUUGAUGUGCAGCCUGCCCUUAAGGAGGACGGCUGGGAUACCGAUCCUUUUGUGCUCACAGAGGUCGAUGGGAAGCUGUUUGGCCGCGGGGCAUCCGAUGACAAGGGACCGGUCCUGUGCUGGAUUCAUGCGAUCGAGGCAUACCAGAAGCUGAACAUUCCACUGCCACUUAACGUUAAGUUUGUUUUCGAGGGAAUGGAGGAGAGUGGCAGCGAAGGCCUCGACGAUCUGUUGAUGGAACGCAAAAAUGAUUUCCUUGCUGAUGUUGACUACGUUUGCAUUUCGGACAACUACUGGCUGGGAAAAAAACGCCCUUGCCUCACCUAUGGACUCCGUGGCUUGGCAUAUUUCCAGGUGGAGGUAGAGUGUGCCACAAAGGAUCUGCACAGUGGAGUUUUCGGUGGCACCGUUCAUGAAGCAAUGCCAGAUCUUUGCUACUUGCUCAGCGUACUCGUCGACAAGGACACCAAGAUACUGAUCCCAGGAGUGGAUCGUGACGUGGCACCGCAGCUGAAGAACGAGCAAGAAAUCUACGAGAACAUCGACUUUGAAGUGGCCGAGUAUAAGAAAGACGUUGGUGUGGAGCAGCUACCGCAUAACGGCGACAAAACGAGACUACUUCAGGCCAGAUGGCGGUUUCCCAGCCUGUCCAUUCAUGGAAUCGAAGGUGCUUUUUAUGAACCAGGCGCAAAGACUGUUAUACCCAAGAAGGUCAUUGGCAAGUUCUCCAUUCGCUUAGUUCCCGACCAAGACCCGAAGCACAUUGAGGAGUGCGUUGUAAAGUACAUCAAUGAUAAAUGGGUGGAGCGUGGCUCACCCAACAAGAUGAAGGUCGUGAUGCUGUCGGCUGGCAAGCCCUGGACUGAGGAUCCCAACCAUCCACACUACGAGGCUGCAAAGCGUGCCAUCAAGCAUGUGUUCAACGUGGAACCUGACAUGACACGCGAAGGUGGCUCCAUUCCUGUCACCCUCACAUUGCAGGAAGCGACAGGCAAAAAUGUCAUCCUGGUGCCUGUGGGUGCCUGCGACGACGGUGCUCAUUCUCAAAAUGAAAAGAUCGAUAUUUACAACUACAUUGAAGGGACCAAACUCCUUGGCGCAUAUCUGCACGAAGUGGGAAAGUUGUAGAAGUUGCAUGAUGACCUGCGAGUAUCAACUACAACAGCGAUGUAACAUCACAAUGGUGCACUUACUAUAUAUAUAUAUAUAUACAUACUUAUACAUAUACAUACGUAUUGUCUUUAUGAAUUUAUAUUCUCUUUUGUAUUUACAUAUUAAAUCAUAUCACAUACAUAUGUAUGUAUAUGUACAUACGCACUCGACUAGGCAGAAGAACUUAGUCGAGUGUGUGAUAUAAAUAAACGUAAACGAUAACACUUAAA